CACUCAGUGACCAACCCCACACCAGGAACAACAUCAACAUGGUAAAAGCCUUAUCAUUCAAGGGUGACCCAAAGACCAAGAAGCGCAAACGCGUCGAUACAGCCGCCAAGUUCGGCGAGCCAUCCACGGAGCUCACAACCGAUGCGGCAGGUCCUGUGGAGGAGCAGGCAUCAGAUGAUAGCUGGGUUAGCGCCGAAGCUACCACAGACAUUGAAGGGCCGAUUGUCUUUGUCUUGCCCUCAGAACCUCCUACAUGCAUAGCAUGCGAUACCAAUGGCCAGGUGUUUGCCAGUCCGUUGGAGAAUAUUAUAGAUGGUGAUCCAAGCACCGCCGAACCGCAUGACGUGAGGCAAGUAUGGGUUGCCAACCGCGUCGCUGGCACGGAGAACUUCAGCUUCAAGGGGCAUCAUGGAAGAUAUCUCAGCUGCGACAAGCUUGGCAUACUCACUGCCCAAACCGAAGCUGUCUCGCCCCUUGAAUCCUUUCUCGCAUUUCCUACCGCUUCAACACCCGAGACAUUCCAAAUCCAGAACUUACGUGACCUAUAUAUCACAAUAGCUGCUCCAGCCAAGAACUCAGCAGUCCCCCAGCUGCGCGGUGAUGCGGCCGAUGUGAGCUUCAACACCACCCUGAGGAUACGCAUGCAGGCCCGUUUCAAGCCAAAGUUGAAGAGAGGCAAGGAAGACAAGGCCAAGGAGAAGAUCAGCCGAAAGGAACUGGAGGAAGCCGUGGGGAGGAAGCUUGAGGAUGAUGAGGUUCGAAAGCUCAAGAGGGCGAGGAGAGAAGGCAAUUACCACGAGGCAUUGCUUGACGUGAAGGUGAAAAGCAAGCACGAUAAGUACAGCUGAGUACCCUAUAAAGCUUGCAUUGCUACAGCAUUGGCCAUUGGCCAAGCUCCAAAGGUGUUCGCAAAGUUACUUCAAGCUUGCUUAUUACAAGAUGAUGCACUGCCACUGCGAAACAUAUCACGGGGAUGCGGCUGGCAAGUAUUGCGGGGCGACCCUUCUGCACGGAUUUCCAAAAUGGUACCUGCAAAAAGUCUGGCCCUUUAAUGGUCAUAAAAGAGAUAUUUAUAGAUUGAGUAGAUACAACGAGCCUCCUGGCUGUAGAUUUCCAUGGUGUGGGCAGUUGCACUCGUACCCGUCUGGUAUGUGGUACCUUAGUGUGGCAGGCCACAAAUUUCCGCUCAAUGUCAGUUGGAUUUCUACAAACAUCUAGGAGCGAAAGAUUUUUGAAGGGAGAUUCCUUAUGUACAAGUUAUCUACAGUAUAUAAAGGUAUAUAGCAUGAAAUCCGCACCGCAAUAUGUAGUAAAUAUCAAC